AUGGAGCCCAGUGCCUGCAGGAUGCCUCCACUCCUCUCCUGCAUCCAUUUGCAUCUCCUCCUCCUGGUCUCGGCCGUCCCUCCUCCUGCUGUCUGGUCUCUUCGCUCUCGGGGUCCGGUGGCCGCUCGGCCUCUUUGCACCCGUCGGAGCCCGUCAGCCCCACGGCCCAUUUGCAUCUGGGACAGGACCUCGCUGCCGGAGAGGGAUUCUCGCUUCGCCAUGCCGCGCCAGCGGACCCUGCCCCCCCGGGGGGGAGAGCUGCGGCACGUCGUGCGGAUGAGGCGCCAGGCGGCGGGGGCCCGUCCUGCCACCCCCUCUGGAUUUGAGGACGGCAUGCCCUCCUCCCAGUACCCCUGGGCCAUCGUGUGGGGCCCCACGGUGUCGGAUGAGGACGGAGGGGACACCAACUCGGCCAACCCAGGUUUCCCACCGCUGGGAUACACCUUUGUCUCACCACACGGGAUGGCAACGGCGCAGCCCAACUCCCACUCGCUCCUGCACAACGCAGGGCUCAACCUGCGCGAGACCCCAGCCACCCUGCGGCCCUUCUUGUUUGGGCCCCGGGGGGAAGGUGUGGACCCCCAGUUAUACGUUACCAUCACCAUCUCCAUCAUCAUUGUCCUGGUUGCCACCGGGAUCAUAUUCAAGUUCUGCUGGGACCGUAAUCAGAAACGCCGGCGUCACUCGGGGCAGCAGAGCGGUGGGAGGCAGCAGGAAAGCCAGCAGCCCCUCACAGACCUCUCCCCCACCACCGUCAGCAUCCUGGGGCCCUACAGCGACUCCCUGGCCCCCACGCCUGAGGCAGAGGAGUCCAGGCAGGGCCAGGAGGGUGUGGAGAAACUGGGGGGCCAUGGGAAGAGCACAGCCUUCCAGCUCAACCGAAUCCCACUGGUGAACCUGUGA